GAGGGUCGUCCGCUGCGCCAGAGAACCAGGUUCCCGCGGAGCCCGCGGAACCCUCUGCUUCCGCCUUCCAAGGGACGCUUCCGGCCGCCGCGGCGUUACCUGCUCUUCCGGGCCCGCAGAUUCCGCGCGGCCCCGCGGGAUGGCGUACCUUCCCCCGCUCCGCCGGUUCCUCACGCCUGGGCCUCCUCUGUAUUGGGCUUGUGAAGCCCAGACAAUCGAGUCGUGGCCAUGGGCAGGUCAGCGAGAGCAGCGGAAAAGGCGAGUGAUUCGCCUCACCCAGGCCCCUCAGACCCCACAGCGAGGCCCUGUCAGGGAAGCAGGGUUCGAGGAAACCGCGCAACACUCGGCGACCGCGGAGCGCCCAGCGGGCCAAGGAACGCGUGUUCCCCACGCCCAGCCCUCAGAAACGGACUGUCGUGACACCCUGCUCCACCCUAGGGUCUCGAGUUAUCCUGGUGGAACCAGCAGGCGGGACCCCACAGGCCACGUGCGUCCCGCGCCGCGUGUGCGCGCCCCGCCCCAGGGGAGGAGCCGGCCGGCUCCCGGCCACUUAGCCAGAACAGCCGCGGGCCGGGUGCUAUCCGGCGGUGCGGACUUUCUCUCCCAGACGCCCGCUCCCGGCCUUCCUUCUCCCUUCCCUUCCUUCCCUGGGAUUUUCCCGCUGGCCCGCCCGCCCGCCCUUCCAGUCGGCCUGGGCCGGGUCUGCACGCUCGCCGGUCGGGCCGUGGGAUCGAAAUUCGCGGUUGGUAGCCACGAACUGAGGAAGCAGGAGCUGGGAGAACUGGAGAAAACCGCUCUAAUCCGCCGUGACUCCAGAUAAAAGCUGAUGCUACAUGACUUUGGGAUGACUUGUCUGAGAUUCCUGCAGACCUGAGCCCUUUGCUAGAACUAUGCUGGUAACCCAGUGACCAGGUGAUUAGCACUUGUUGUGCAUGUGACCCAGAACCCUGGCUGACCACAGUGAAGCAGGAUGCUCCAGCAGGUGAAUGGCCACAGUUUCAGCUCUCAUGACCAAAGCAGAGUGUCCCUCAGAGAAGACCUACAGGAGUUCCUGAGUGGGGCAGCCCCACUGCACCAGUUGGAUGACCUCACCAAGGUGAACCCUGUGACACUGGAGACAGUCUUAAGGUGCCUGCAGGCCCGGUACAUGGUGGAUACAUUCUACACCAAUGCUGGCUGCACCUUGGUAGCUUUGAACCCCUUCAAGCCUGUCCCUGGGCUCUACUCUCCAGAGCUGAUGAGAGAGUACCAUGCUUCAUCUCAACCCCAGAAACUGAAACCCCACAUCUUCACUGUGGGUGAACAGACCUACAGAAAUGUCAAGAGCCUGAUUGAGCCUGUUAACCAGUCCAUUGUGGUCAGUGGAGAGAGUGGUGCUGGGAAGACAUGGACAUCCCGCUGCCUGAUGAAGUUCUACGCUGUGGUGGCCACCUCACCCACUUCCUGGGAGAACCACAAGAUGGCUGAGAGGAUCGAACAGCGGAUCUUGAAUUCCAACCCUGUCAUGGAAGCUUUUGGCAACGCGUGUACACUGAGGAAUAACAACAGCAGUCGCUUUGGGAAGUUCAUCCAGCUCCAGCUGAACAGGGCCCAGCAGAUGACAGGAGCUGCAGUCCAGACCUACCUCCUAGAGAAAACUCGUGUGGCCUGCCAGGCUUCCAGUGAGAGGAACUUCCACAUCUUCUAUCAGAUAUGCAAAGGUGCCAGUGAGGAGGAGAGGGUACAGUGGCACCUCCCCAAGGGAUCUACCUUCUCCUGGCUGCCCAACCCAGAGAGGACUUUGGAAGAGGAUUGUUUUGAGGUGACCAGAGAGGCCAUGCUCCAUUUGGGCAUUGACACCCCGACCCAGAACAACAUCUUUAAGGUCCUAGCUGGACUGCUGCACCUUGGCAAUGUCCAGUUUACUGAUUCGGAGGAUGAAGCCCAGCCCUGCCAACUGACAGAAGAUGCCAAGUGCUCUGUCAGGAUAUCAGCUUCACUGCUACAGCUCCCAGAGGACAUGCUGCUGGAGACACUGAGGAUUAGGACCAUCAGGGCAGGCAGGCAGCAGCAGGUGUUCCGGAAGCCCUGCUCCCGAGCUGAGUGUGACACCCGCAGAGACUGUCUGGCCAAACUGGUCUACUCACGGCUGUUUGACUGGCUGGUGUUGGUGAUCAACAGUAGCAUCUGUGCAGACCCUGACUCAUGGACCACUUUUAUAGGUCUGCUGGAUGUGUACGGAUUUGAGUCAUUUCCUGACAACAGUCUGGAACAGUUGUGCAUCAACUAUGCCAAUGAGAAGCUGCAGCAGCACUUUGUGGCUCACUACCUCAGGGCUCAGCAGGAGGAAUACGCAAUGGAAGGCCUGGAGUGGUCAUUUGUCAAUUACCAGGACAACCAGAACUGCUUAGAUCUCAUCGAGGGAAGCCCUAUCAGCAUCUGCUCCCUCAUAAAUGAGGAGUGCCGCCUAAAUCGGCCGAGCAGUGCAGCCCAGCUCCAGACCCGCAUUGAGAGUGCCCUGGCAGGCAGCCCCUGCUUGGGUCACAAUAAGCUCAGCCGGGAGCCCAGUUUCGUCGUGGUGCAUUUUGCAGGGCCUGUGCGGUACCACACAGCAGGCCUGGUAGAGAAGAACAAGGACCCCAUCCCCCCUGAACUGACUGGGCUCUUACAACAAUCCCCACAUUCCUUGCUUACUGUGCUAUUUCCUACUGACCCAAAAGAGAAGACCCAGGAGAAACCCUCUGGCCAGAACAGGGCCCCUGCACUGACUGUGGUGUCCAAGUUCAAGGCUUCCCUGGAGCAGCUCCUGCAGAUCCUGCAGAACACCACACCCCACUACAUUCGCUGUAUUAAGCCCAACAGUCAGGGCCAACCACAGACCUUCCUCCAGGAGGAGGUCCUGAGCCAACUGGAGGCCUGUGGCCUCGUGGAGACUAUUCAUAUCAGUGCUGCUGGCUUCCCCAUUCGGGUCUCUCACCAGAACUUUGUGGAACGAUAUGAGUUACUGAGAAGGCUCUGUCCUCACGCAUCCUCAAGCCUCCAUAACUCAUAUUCUGCCAAAGGGCAUUCUGAACAGUCCCCACAGCGUGAGGCAGCCACACUGCAGCCUCUCCUCCAGGACAUUCUCCACACUCUGCCAGCUCUAACUGAGACAGCAGCCACACCUGUUGGUUCAGCUGAGGGCACACCAGCUCCACUGCACUGUGGCAGGACCAAGGUGUUCAUGACUGACUUCAUGCUAGAGCUUCUGGAAAGUGGACGUAUGCAAGUGCUGGAGCAGUGUGCCCGCUGCAUCCAGUGCGGCUGGAGGCGACACCAGCAUAGAAAGCAGGAGAGGCAGAGGCGAGCCGCCACACUCAUUCAGGCAGCCAUUCGUUCCUGGUUAACUCGGAAACACAUCCAGAGGCUACACAUAGCAGCCACAGUCAUCAAGCACGCAUGGCAGAAGUGGAGAAUCAGAAUGACCUACCUUGCUUCUAAAGAACUGGAUGGUUUGGAAGAAAAACACAUGUCCCAAGCUCACAAUUCCCUGAGCUCCUCACUGCCCCCAGUGCAGACCAGGCUCCUAGGGGCAAUAAUCCGGCUUUGGCCUCUGGGACUGGUCCUGGCCAACGCAGCUGUGGGUGUACGUGGCUUUCAGAGAAAACUGGUGGUCUCUGCCUGCCUCCAGCUUCCCUCGGGCAGCUCGGGCAGCUCCAGCAGCUCCAGCAGCUCCAGCAGCUCCAGCAUCCAGGCAGCACAAGAAGACCAGGCUGGUGUCAGGUCCAUCCGAGCGCUACCUCAGGGCUCGAUAAAGUUUCACUGCAGAAAGUCUCCACUGCGCUACGCUGACACCUGCCCUGAACCUUCACCCUAUAGUGUUACUGGUUUUAAUCAGAUUCUGCUAGAAAAACACAGGCCAAUCCACGUGUGACCUCUUCUCACCCUCGGCUCUCACCUAGCUGGGUGAUCCUUAGUGCCUUUGUUUCUACAAGGCCUUUUCCUGCCAGCUGCCUUGCCAAAGACAUUUAAUCAGCACACAACUGCCAAACUAUUCCCACAGCAACUUCAAACAUACGCACAAGAACAGCUCCAAGCUGUGAGGCCUGUGCACCUGCAGGCCCAGGACUGCAACCCAAGCACUGACGGGGUGUCAGGGUUGAUAGUGAUCAAGCCAGGAUUCAGGCCACAGAGAACUUACCAUUUCUCUACCUUCAGAUCAAACUCAGCAGCAGGUGUGACUACUUUAGAGUUUGAUCUAUCACUACAGUGGGGCACCCAAUGAGCCACAAGCACUUUAGAAGAAAACGAGCAAACUUAACAUAAUAUGGGCUUUAGAACUUGGGCUGGGAAAACUUUGCAUUUAGUUCCUUAAAGGAACAAAACCUUAUUUAAUAAGUUGUUGGCUUAUUAAAUUAUUAAAUUUAAUUUCAAAUAAUCAGAUCAGGGACCAAGGACAAUGAACAAUGCAAUGUACAAGAGAAACACCAUACCUUGAUUUUAUUUUAGUAACAAUGAUCCAGUUUUUAAUUGAAAUGGGUACAAAACUUGACAAAUAAGUUGACUAUCCCAACUGUACCAAAAAUAAAACAUUUGAAAACAACUCUAUGACUGUCAAGUUCUCUUCAUUAAGGAUCUGCUACACUGAGUAGCCCCCAUGGCCUGAAACAUACACACCCGUCAAGAGGCAAAGACCUGCACAACCUCAGCAUACAGCCUGCAAUCUGGGAAGCCACCUCUUGUUUGGAGCCCCACAUUACCUGGCCCCCUGGAAGAAGGACUAGGUAGUUCUGGAGAUCAAGGAACACAGUGAUGCAUUUUAAGAGUCCUCAUUCUGUGAUGGUUCCACAAUUCUUAAACAGCAGUCCGCAAACUCCACAAACAAGGGCUCCUGCAUGUAGGCUCUCAUGAGUUUUGCUUUGUUGUCACCCUGAUCGAGGUUGAUCAUCAACUGUCUAAGGUGUGGAUUAAGCAAU